GGCCAGCACAGACAACAGCAUCUCUACGUCCUUCCCUUCAAAAUUUAGCAAUUUAGCCGCGUUUUGGCUGAGAUACCUGAGGAGAAUGCUGGGAUUGUCCUUCACGCAGAAGAGGUGCAUGGGUUUUGCUCUCCAAAGCCCAGGUGGAGACGUCAGCCCCCCCGGAUCACAUGACAUGUAAAUCCUUGUGGUUGUGCAGGGAACCUGUGGUUGAACUCUUCAUUGAAUUCAGAUCUCUGCCCUCUUCACAAGCUCAUAGUUCAACACUUUCCUGAUGAUACAGUAAAGGGGACUUGUUAAUGUCAACGUCAUUCAGUUUUCAUCAUCACCACUUGAAGUGAUCAGUCAGCUGUGUGGAUCUACAAAUUGCUCCCUUGCAGCCAGCCUCUUAGUCUAUUGCUCGGGUGACAGUCAGCUGCAAGGAUCAGCCUCGAAGAUGCCUUUGAUUUUCCUUUGAUGUUUCUGAGCCAAGGAAGAAUUCAACGCAGCCGCUGGGCGGCAUUCUUGCCAGCAUUUGUGUACUCAUUGAAGGUGUCUCCACUCAUAGAGAAAAUAAGUGAUCACAAGGAUUUUAAGAAGCUUCUCAGGACACGGAAUAACGUACUGGUGCUGUAUUCCAAAUCUGCCACUGCUGCUGAAAGCUCACUCAGAUUACUGUCCAGCGUGGCCCAGGAGGUGAAAGGACGAGGCACUAUAGGCUGGAUAGACUGUGGUGAUACUGAAAGCCGAAAAUUAUGCAAGAAGAUGAAGGUAGAUCCUAAUUCAAAGGAGAAGGGAGUGGAUUUACUCCAUUAUAAGGACGGUGCAUUUCAUACUGCAUAUAACAGAGCGGUCACAUUGAAGUCCAUGGUGGCCUUUCUCAAGGAUCCAGAAGGUGCUCCACUGUGGGAGGAAGAUCCUGAAGCCAAAGAUAUUGUGCAUAUUGACAGUGAAAAGGAAUUGAGAAGGCUUCUGAAGAAGGAAGACAAGCCCCUACUUCUGAUGUUCUAUGCCCCAUGGUGUGGUGUUUGUAAGAGAAUGAUGCCAUCUUAUCAGCAGGCAGCCACAGAACUCAAGGGUAAAUAUGUUCUUGCGGGGAUGAAUGUUUACUCUGCUGAAUUUGAAAGGAUAAAGGAAGAAUUCAAUGUCCGGGGAUAUCCUACAAUCUGCUAUUUUGAGAAAGGAAAGUUCCUGUUCAACUUUGAGAACUUCGGUGCUACCGCAGCAGAUAUCGCAGAGUGGCUGAAACACCCACAGGCACCUCAGCCACAGGCUCCAGAGACUCCCUGGGCAGAUGAAGAAAAUGUAGUUUAUCACCUGACCGAUGAGGACUUCGACAAGUUUAUAAAAGAUCAUUCAUCUGUGCUAGUGAUGUUCCAUGCACCAUGGUGUGGGCACUGUAAGAAAAUGAAGCCAGAAUAUGAGAAGGCUGCAGAGUUUCUCCAUGUAACCAGUGAUAGUCCAGGUGUCCUUGCAGCAGUCGAUGCGACCGUCAACAAGGCUCUGGCAGAAAGAUAUCACAUCUCAGGGUUUCCUACUUUGAAGUAUUUUAAGGAUGGAGAGGAGAAGUACACUCUGCCACACCUCAGAACAAAGAAGAAGAUCAUUGACUGGCUGCAAAAUCCUGAAGCACCACCUCCACCUGAACCUGCAUGGGAAGAAAAACAGACCAGUGUUAUCCACCUGGCUGGAGAAGACUUCAGGGAGUCCUUGAAGAAGAAGAAACACACCCUUGUCAUGUUCUAUGCACCAUGGUGUCCUCACUGUAAAAAUGCCAUUCCACAUUUCACAACUGCUGCUGAAGUCUUUAAAGAAGAUCGCAAGAUUGCCUACGCUGCAGUGGACUGUGCCAAAGGACAGAAUCACGACCUGUGUAAGCAGGAGGGGGUCGAUGGCUACCCCACCUUCAACUAUUACAACUACGGGAAAUUUGUGGAAAAAUAUACUGGAGAUCGAGGGGAGUCUGGAUUCACUACUUUCAUGCGAACCCUGAGAGAAAGAGAUCAUGAAAGAGUAGGAAAGAAGAAGGAUGAAUUGUAGUUUCUGCCUCAAAAGAAGCUUUCCGCUGCACUGUGAAUGGUUCCAGGUCUUUUGCUGAUGCACCUGAGACUUCACAUAUUCUCAAGACAGAGACUUUUUUUUAUAAACAGCCAUGGCCAUUUUGUACGAUUUUGAAAUAAAGUGAAACCACUUGAUUUUUAAAAGGAAAAUAAAUUAGAAUGUUGCCAUAAUGUUUUAAAGAAAACUUAGCAUUUUCUCUCAUGUUGGGAGACUAUGCCCACUGACACUCCUAUGCAAUAUUUUUGUAGUCUGUAGUGUGUCUGUAGGUGAUGUUGUUUGUUAGGGUGAAAUUUUUGUUCCAGUAUUGCAGUACAUGUAAAAAACAAAGGGGAGGGGACACGGUUUGGUUUGGGUUUGUUUUGUUAUGUUUUGUUCAAAUCAGUGCAGGAAAAUGGGAUUUAUAAGACACACAUUUAUUCAAUUGAAGUUUUUCAUUCUUGUGAAAUAGUUAUGUGUUCUUGACUGAGAUUUGGAGGGAACAAUUUUAAGGUGCUCAGGGAUAAAUAAGGUAUCUGAGUUAAUGAAGACAUUAAAAUGGACCAGUUCCAGAUCUGUUAAUUUCAUUUAAAUCUCUCUGGUCUUUAAAUCAGAACUGUUUACAUACCUUUAUAAAAGAUAUUGAGUGAAUUAAGCCACACAUUAAAAAUCAGCAGAGCAUGGGUGAAAUCAGAUUAAACCCUCCUUCUUUAGCAUCAAUACUGUCAGUGUAUCUGUAAGUUAUGGCAGGAAUGACUAUCUUAUAGGGGUACAUAGUUAUUCUUACAGGGUACACAGUUUCCCUUCAAGUUAUGAUUGGGUCAUAUCAAAUAUGUGUUGUAAAGUGUUAUGUUCAACUGUUUUGAGAAAUGCAUAGUACUUCUGGUAAUGCAGUAAUUGUGUGUAUUACCUGUUUACAUUCCAAAAGUUAUCUGCAUUUGUAAGAGGGAUUUUUCCUUUUUGCUCCUUAAGGAGUUGCACAAACAAUCUCUCUCUGACAGUCAUCACUGUAAAACCUGUAUCAGCAGCAGUUGAAAUGUGUUACACUUUUGAUGCUUAAACAAAAAAAAAGUUUAUCUGGAGGUACCUCUGUCUUUGCAGGAGGGGAGAGGGAGGGGCAGAAAGUUGUGAUUCACUUUGAACUAAAAAUAAAUUUUUAAAAGGACAAGUA